AUGACAGGAUAUCCUUCAUCACCAUAUGCGCUCCGUCCUUUCACGGACCCGGAAGUCUAUAGCCAAGCCCCGGAUGAGCGUCACCGCCGAAAACAAUUCAACCGCCGUAUCUCGUCAAUCCGCAUCCGGGUCGAGCAUUCCUAUGGGAUGUUGAAGGGCCGCUUCCCUUCACUCAAGGAGCUUGGGGCCCAUCACGACAUACAGGAAAUAUACCGCGCAAUCCAAGCAAUGAUGGUAGUUCAUAACCUUUGUAUUGAUCUUGGUGAUGCACCCGAAGAUAUCCCUGCCUUUGACCUGGUCGAUGAAGAUGCCACACCGGAUGAUCAAGACCUUGACAUUGAGCUGCCCGACUAUGGCGGGGUUGAGGGCAUGGAAGAGAUUCAAGUACCAGAGUGGGAACUAGAUGAUGAGGUAUUGAAGCAGGCUGGACAUCAGAUGAGGGAGGAAAUAAUGAAUGAAUUGUUUCCGAGGUAA